UUCUCUCGAGCCAGACCCACCACAGCCCCUUGAAGCGGUCUGUGUCCCUUACCCCGCCCAUGACCGUCCCCAACCAGCCUCUUGGGCACGGAUGGAUGUCUCAUGAGGACUUGCGAGCGAGAGGACCGCCCAGCCUCCCCUCCGACCAUGCCCCCCUGUCUCCUCAAAGCAGCAUCGCCUCCUCGGGAAGCGGUGGGAGCGAGCACUUAGAAGACCAGACCUCCGCCCGUAACACAUUCCAGGAAGAAGGGAGUGGAAUGAAAGAUGUUCCUGCCUGGCUCAAAAGUCUGCGCCUCCACAAAUACGCUGCCCUUUUCUCCCAGAUGACCUACGACGAAAUGAUGGCCCUCACCGAGUGUCAGCUCGAGGCUCAAAACGUUACCAAAGGCGCAAGGCACAAAAUCGUGAUCAGUAUCCAAAAGCUAAAAGAGAGGCAGAACCUCCUCAAGUCCCUGGAACGG